CUGCGCCAAGACUUAUGAUGGGUGAAAUGGCGCCAAGUCGCAACCAAGAGUACGUCGACGGCUCCAUCUACCGCAUCCGACUCCAUAACUUUCUGACGUACGCGGAUGCCGAACUCUUCCCUGGACCUCGAUUGAACCUCGUGAUUGGCCCCAAUGGCACGGGAAAAUCCUCGAUUGUUUGUGCACUCUGUGUCGGACUUGGUGGGUCGACAAAGGUUCUUGGGCGCGCCGACAAGAUGGGCGACUUCGUUCAACACGAAAAAGAAUCAGGGUUCACUGAAAUAGAGUUGUACUUUGCGAGAAAGAACGUUGUGAUCCGCCGCAACAUCUUUCGCGACAACAGGUCAACAUGGCACAUCGACAACAAGGAAUCGACGCUAAACAAAGUCAAGGAAGUACUUUCCAAGGCCAAGAUUCAAAUUGAUAACUUGUGCCAGUUUCUUCCACAAGACAAAGUUGGCGACUUUUCGCGUAUGACCCCAACGCAACUCUUGAAGGCAACCCAAGCAGCGAUCGGAAAUGGAGAGUUGGCUGGCCAACAAGAAGAAAUUUUAAAGAUGGAAAAGGAGAACAGCACCAGCAGUCACGACUUGGUUGCAGCCAGGGCACGAUUGGAGACAAUGCGAUCCGAAAACUUGCAGCGUCAACGAGAUGUCGAGCGUAUUCGAGAGCAGGAAGCUCGACGUAUUGAAUUGGCAAACCUCAAAAACAAAUUGAUGUGGGUGGAGUACGAAGAACAGCGGAGCAGGGUUGACAAGCUCCGGCGUCGAAAAGCCAAGUUAAAGAAACGACUAGAGGCUGCAAAGAAUGCUCAACUGGAACCAUUAAAACUUGUUUUGGAACAAGAAAGGGGGGCUGUCAGAAAGAUUCGAGCGAGCAAAAAAGACGUCGCUGACGAAAAAGAUCGUGUCAUCAAUUCCUUGGGAACAAUCAAACAGCAGAUCGAACGAGCAGAACUUGACGAGACGGCAACCCAAGCAGAAAUUCAGUCGUUGCACGAGAAUCAACGCCUAAUGAAGCAACGCCUCGAUCGUGAACGACUCAAAGAAGAACAGCUGCGUGAGGAAUUGUCGCAAUUGCCUGAUGACGCUGGACUCCGCGAAGAAAUGGUGAAUCUGCAGCAAAAGUUCGAGGCAAUCAACACCGAAAUAUUUGACCUUACAAGCUCGCGGGAUAACGUCAAGCGAGAGCAUGAUCGCCUUACAAGUGACUUGCAUCGAAUCAACGACCGACUCGCGAAGCUAGAUAAUGAAAAGUUGCAACGCCAAAGGAUCUUGGCCAGCCAAGACCGAGACUGCAUGCGUGCGUACGAUUGGGUGCAGCAAAACACGUCCAGGUUUCAGCGCAAAGUGUGGGGCCCCAUUGCACUUGAGAUCCACGUUAAUGACAAGCUCCAAGCAAAGUUCCUUGAGGACACGCUGCAGAAUUACGUCCUGACGUCGUUCGUGGUCGAGUGCCGGGAGGAUUAUGACACGAUGCUGAGUGCGCUGAACGAAGGAAGUCAGCGUCUCGGAGUGAACGUGCUGCAGCUUGACGAAGGUCGCAUCAAGGCAUUUCAACGACCAUAUUCGCCCAGUCAAUUCCAGACUCUUCAAGAUGAACUUGGCAUAACGUGCUACCUGGACGAGCUUAUCAGAGCGCCUGAAGUCAUUCAUCAAAUCCUUCGCGAUCACGGUGGUGUUCACACGAUGCUUGUUGGGACGCAGUUGACAGAAGACUUGAUUAAUCGAGGGGUUGACGUGUUUUCUCAAUUAACCGCGAUGAACGAGAAAGCAGCGUUGCUUACACCAUCCAAGAAAUACGUGGCUUCAGUGUCCAAGUACGGCAACAAAACCACAACAACAAGGUCGAACGACAUUCGAGACUCACGGUUCUUGGCCGUGUCGUCAGAUCAUCAAGCACAUCGUGAGAGAUUACUGCAGGAGAAACAAACCAAACAAAUUGAAAUCCACGCCUGUCAAGAAAAGAUUAACUCCGUGAAAGCUCGUGAACAGUUUUUGCUCGAGUCAAAACACACAGCAAAUAGUCGCCAGGUCGAACUUCGAGAACAACUCCGCAGCCGUCAGAAAUUGAUGGAAUUCAUAAGUGAUCGCCGAAAAAAGAUUCGAGCGUUGGAAGCCGACGCGACUAAGGAUGUGUCGGAUAUUGAAGAGGCUUUCAAUCGAAAAUUAAUCAAUGUGAUGACGAAGCAUGUCAAACAGCUGUUGGGUAGCCGCGAAAUGCUCAUGCAGUUGCUGAAGGGAGUUCGACCGAAUGAAGUGGUGUGCAACUUGAACAGCACCACGACAGAGCAACGUGUAGCUAUCACUCACCGUUACCUGAGUGAAAAUGAAGCAGAACUCCAACAAUUGAAGGACGACUACGAACAAGUAAAGCAAACGCUGGUUCAGGAUGGAAAGCACGCCGUGCUACUAAAGGAACGCGCUGAGCGGGCAGCACCCCGUGCACAGAACGAAACAAACUUCGACACGCUACCAGAUACUGCAGUGGAACUGAACGCCCAAAUCGACAACAUCACGGCGGCCCUUGCCCACUUCCGUGGAGACUUGCGUGUCUUGGAUACUUAUGAACAAGUGCAAAAGGAAAUUGAAGACGAAGAAGUCAAGUUGGAUCGCAUGGAGUCAAAUUUCGCGACGCUUCAGGACCGUAUCAAUGCCAUCAAGAAUCCGUGGUACGCUAAGCUGACAGAGGUUGUGAGCAAGAUCAACAUAUCGUUUGCACAAUACUUUAAAGACAUUGGAUGUGUGGGCGAAAUCCACUUGAACGAAGAUGGGGAUAUUUCAAAAUGGGGCAUUGAACGACGAGCACAAUUUCGGAUGACAGGCAAGCUCACGAACAUGACAGCCGAAGAGCAGUCAGGGGGGGAAAAAUCCGUGGGGACAAUUAUGUACUUGAUGGCGCUACAGAAUUUGACAAAUUGCCCUUUUCGCGUGGUCGACGAAAUCAACCAAGGCAUGGACAUUCACAACGAACGAAAGGUGUUCUCCCGCAUCACCAAAUCAUCGUGUGGAAGUCGACUGCCUCAGUAUUUCCUGAUCACCCCCAAGCUAAUCACUGGCCUUGAUUACCAUCCCGACACGAAGGUGUUGAUUAUUCUCAACGGACCGUACAACAUCGACCAGACGUCAUGGAACACCGACGACUUUGUGGGCAAACGUCAGAAGUUCCUCUAAGCUUGCACAUUGGCCUGUAAUCCCGUUUGGCUGGGAGUUCAGAGUCUUCGAAUGCCACAUGUCUAACGUACGUUAAAGUUCCCGCUUGCUGCGCUUGCUCUUGAC